AUGGUUGACUCCGCCUUGAAGUGCCAAGGGAACAGUGACCCAAGGGAGGCGGUGUGUCAGCAGCGCACACUGAAGCGAAAAAAGGAUAAAUUGCGUAAGCUGGAGAAACUAAUAAGUUUGAAGCGGGGCAAUGUGGAGUAUAAUGAGCUCCUGAGGGAGAGGCAGGAUCUCAUGGCGGAAGUUGCCGCGAUGGAGACGGCGCUUGGGGUUGCCGUGCCUGAGGCGAAGGGCGCCCCCACGGCACCACAGACUGCGCCCACCAUAACUAGCGAUACGUGUGUGGAAGAAUCUCCGGUGGAGAGUACUUUGUAUCCGGUGAGCGCCGCACAUUCUACAACGGCGACGCUUCGUGCACCCUGUGGGGUGCAGCGUGGAGACAGAGCUCAAACACAGGAAAGCAGCCAACUCAAAGGCGUUGCCGUUAAAACUGUCACAGAGCAGCAGACGGCAAUGCCGACACCGGCAGCAGCAGCAACGGAGACAUUACAACACAAGCCAGAGACGCCUUCAUCCGCUUCUGGACGCAUUCCAGUUGCAGUUGAAAAUGUGGAGCCCGUUCAAACUAUCAUAGAAGACGCUCACUCUGAGACGCGCCCUCCGCUGUUUCCGGACAUUCUUUGCCAGCCACCUUUUAACUGCGAGCUGGUGCAUUAUCAGGUUGCUGAACUGACCCUGCUGAUGGAGUCUAUGGUGAUUGUUGGUGGCAGUGCGCGAACCCUUGCCAUGAUUCAGGCUUUCAAAUCUCUUUUGAGUACGACGCCUGUUCUUUCAGUUCCGUCACUUCGCGACGUCACUUCAAAGGACUUUGAGGCGUUAAUCAAUGAGAACUUUAACUUUCUUCGGCGUGGUCGCGAACCAUCUGCUGGAAUGACGUACGUCAAGGAAGUUUUAGUUCGCCGUGUUGCCGCGCUACUGUCAUCAGGAGGGAACUUUCGCGUCUGGGAUGAUGGGUCUUUUUCACCGUUUGAUUGUAAAAGACACGGGUCACAGGAUUGUAGUGAAUUCCCGCUCCCACUUAAUACCGAAAUGAAGAAUAGCCUGCUUGCUGGAGAUCCACGGGAGAUGGCAAUUAAGGUGCUAGCCGGCAUUGAAACGGAACUAAGGCUGUCUAUCAAGAGUAUCGUCGAGGAUCGCUCGAAACCCCUUAUUUCCUCUAAUGAUACCAUUCUGGUUUUCGGGAGAAGCAGCAUAGUCGAACUUAUUCUUCUUGGUGCCGCUAAUAAUCCUCGACUGGGUGUUAAACCCGAAGUUAUUGUGGUAGACGCCGCCCCACUUUAUGAGGGUCGAAUGCUCGCGAAACGACUUACGGCCAGUGGACUCCGUGUGACUUAUGGCCUUAUUACAAGUUGCUGCACCCUCAUACCGCGUUGUACUCGUGUUUUUAUUGGCGCAGCAGCCGUCUUGCAAAACGGUGACGUCUUUAGCCGCUGCGGCACGGCCUUAGUUGUUGCUAGUGCAAAGCAGUACCGUAAACCCGUUUUGUGCUUUAGUGAGAGCUUCAAGUUUGUUUCUGAGGUCUGGCUUGGCAACCUCGGACAAAAUACGCAGUUGAACUUCUCACAGAAGCUUUCAGGGGAUCACCGAAUGCGAAGCCCGGGUGGGAUGAGUUCACCGAGGUAUCAGGGUCGCGACAUCAAUCAACAACCGUCGAGUCGCGGUGGUGAUAUACUGCCCUUACCCUCAACAGCCAGUUCCGCCUCUGGCUACUUGUACGACCUCACACCCGCGGCGUUCAUUGACAUGAUUAUCUGUGAGAUGGGUUGCCUGGAUACCUCUGCCAUCGUCGCAGCACUACGAGACCGUGAGGACAGGGAUGCGAGCCUUAUGUCUGUCGCGUAA